GUUUAUUUCUUUAUCUUCAGAGAGAGAGCAUGCGUGGAGAGGGCAGAGAGAGAGAGAAAACCCCAAGCACCUUCCACACUGUCACUUCGGGGAGCUCGAACCCAUGAACCAUGAGAAGGUAAAAUGUCUGUUCCGGGAUCCUACCAGGCGGCCGCCGGGCCCUCCUCGGUGCCAUCAGCACCACCAUCGUACGAAGAGACGGUGGCGGUCAACAGUUACUACCCCAUGCCCCCUGCACCUGCGCCCGGUCCCACCACGGGGCUGGUGACGGGCCCGGACGGGAAGGGCAUGAAUCCUCCUGCGUACUACACCCAGCCAGUGCCCGUCCCCAACGCCAACGCAAUCGCUGUGCAGACGGUGUACGUGCAGCAGCCGGUCUCCUUUUUCGACCGUCCUAUCCAGAUGUGCUGUCCGUCCUGCAACAAGAUGAUCGUGACCCAGCUGUCCUAUAAUGCCGGUGCCCUCACCUGGCUCUCGUGCGGGAGCCUGUGCCUGCUGGGGUGUGUGGCGGGCUGCUGCUUCAUCCCCUUCUGCGUGGACGCCCUGCAGGACGUGGACCACUACUGUCCCAACUGCAAAGCUCUCCUGGGCACCUACAAGCGUUUGUAGGACUCGGCCCGACUGGAGGGAGCCGGCGCUGCAGGAAGUGCCCUCCGCCUCGUACCCGGUCCCGCCCCUGGCAGGGGUCCCCCCUCUGGUGGCCUCUUCUCUCCAGGGACUUCACCUUCGUGUCUUCUUUUGGGGGAAAAAAAUCUCGCAAACGUAACACGCCUCCCAAACCCCAGGGGUUGCUGCUCGGAGUCAUGCGCAGGACACGCAAAGACAUUCACCUUGAGUGCUGGUUCAAGGGUCUCCCACCUACCGUGACCCCACGUUGCCCAUCUAAGUGGGACCGUGGCCCUGUCCAAAUAGCCUCCGGGGAUUUGCCAUUGGCCGGCUUCUUUUCUCGCCUCGUGGGCCUUUCUGGGGGACGGUCUCCCACUGGGAAAGCCACACAUUGCCUUAUUUUUGAGACUGGUCUGCCCCGAAUACGGCUGACCCAGCCUUUUAGUGCCUGCCUUCAGGUUCCUCUGUCCCUCUCUUCCUGCGACAAAGUAAUCUUGCCUUACAAACUGAAGGGCUUGGUUCUCAGAGUCUGUAACUGCAGGCUUUUUGUUAGCACACCAAUUCACUUUAAUGUCUUCAUUCCUUCUUAAGUACAGGUGCGGGUUCUCACACUCGCCACACACGCAUCGUGAGGUCAGAAAGACGUGCUAAAAAUGUAGGGCCGGAUCCUCCAUGGGUCUGCCUUCCCUCAGCCGCUUUCCACGAAGAGCUGUUUUUCUUGUAGAGGAAUUGUUUGUAUUAACCGCUUUCAUGACCUCCUUUUGGUCUUGAACACCUUGGGACCUAAUUUUGAAACGAGGGAUUUAUACAACCAGUUUUCAUAACCAUAUGACUGUCACCAUUUUCCCAUUUGCCAUUGCACUUUCUCUCUCUCUCUCUCUCUUUUUUUUUUGUCCUUCCUUCACGGAAAACGUGACGGAUAAUUUUAUCCACUGCCUCCACUUGGGUUUAGCGUGGUUCCUAAACACCUCUACAGUGAGGCCCGUAAAGAGGGAACCCAAAUGGGGGCGAGAAAGACCAAGGAAAAGCACAGUUUGAGCGCGUCCCAGAAUCAUGGUGCUGGAGAGUGUAAGGGCCCUGACUGUUGUAAGGGAAUCUAAAUUCUGAUUUUAUUUUUCAGAGAUACAGUUUGUUGUAGGCCAUCCGGAGACGCGAUGUCCAGGACUCAGAGUUCUUGGUUAGCCCGUGUGUCACCUCCAAAACCAAGAUAAAGCUGGGCCCGGCCCUCAAGAGUCCCCAUUUUCAUAAUAAAUAGGCGCAGGGAAUGCGUGUGAAUACUAUGUAGAAAUCAAGCGUAGACCUGGAAUGAAAAUCUGUAUAUUGGCUGAAAAUUCUAGUUGUGACCGUUGAUUCAGCUUAUGCCUUGGAUGUUUUGAAAGUACUUAUUUUUGCAAUGACUAUGGGUACUACAUAGUCCUUUGGUGUUAUCUGCUUUUACAAAAUAAAGUCUUUGGUUCACUCGGUGAACUUUUUAUCAGUUCUUAA